UUUCUUUGCCUGCGGAAAAGACAACCAAGUGCUCCCUCGAAGAUGGCAGCAUUGAUCAAGGGAAUCAAAUUUGCUGCUCAAAUUACAAAUCGAAACCCGGCGCUCCUGUAUAUGAGCGUCCGAAACCAUGGCUGGAAUAAAGACUUCAAGCCCGGCAAGUUCCCGGAAUCUGAAAAGGAUCGCGAAGCAGCUGCUAAAAAGUAUGGACUAGUACCAGCGGAGUAUCAGCCGUAUCCAGACGAUGGCCUCGGCUAUGGUGAUUAUCCUAAACUUCCGGAUGUACCAGUGGAAGCUCGCGAUCCCUACUAUCCAUACGAUUUUCCGGAACUGAAGAGAAAUCUACACGAUACACUUCAUGCAGAAACCGAUUUCUGGUCCGAGGAUCGAUAUGGUACGGCAGAGCCGACACGCUACCCGGUGAAAACCUACUGGAUGGCGUUUUUGGGCGUUAUGACUGGCUGCUUUGUGCUGUACUACUGGCUCGAAAACUACAAGAUGUUCCGACCGGUGCUCGCCAAACAAUACCCGAACGAAGGAAAGAAACACUACACGUUCGAACAGAAGUAAAGCGUAAAAUCGGAGCGGCAGUGGGUGCAGUGAGGAAUUCGUUCAAAUACGAACAAUUUAAUUGAAAGCCGCCUAGGCCUGUGAAACAAAACCAUCCUUCACAACUGGCGAAUUUCCAUCAUCCUGUUCUGGUCAACACCGUAGAUUGCAGCAAUUGUUACAAGCGCUAUGUAAAUAAAAAAGGAAUUACAAAGC